AUGUGGCCACCUACUCCUUCACUCUAUUUCCUCGAGCUUUUAAUUUUGCUCGCACUCACACUCGGCCAGUGUAUCCAGCCAAUCUCCGCAACCGCCAUCCUACACUUUCGCAAAUCCAACGGCAUCAUCAAUGUUAACCCAGGACCCUUAGAUUCAUUAAUUCCUCCCGGCCUCCUGGCUAAUACGAACAAUGCCGAUGGGACGACGUCUUCAGUUCUUGAUCGCGGAAGCACUUUAGAACCACUGAUUGGCAACAUACGUACAGAGAACCUUGGAGGGGUACUCUCUUCAGCUCUAGCGCCCGGUGCAGUUUCUCGUACAAACCCACUAAUAGAGGUCCACGUCCAUGUUGACAAGAACGAGGACGAGGACUCGUCUAGCAACUCCAUCGACUCUGAAGACGUCUAUGUCUACGUUAACCUCCAUGUUAUUGACGAUGAGGAAGAAACUGUCUCCUCCUCCGAGUCCACCACAACAACAAAGAUUGUCCACGUCUAUGUCAAAGUUGACGAAGGCGACAACAAUAAUAACGACGAUCGUUUGCCUUCCAAAGACGGCUCCGGAGAGUAUGAAGAAACUCAAGUCAACGUUUAUAUCCAUCUAGAUGCUGACGACAAUGAUGAUGACGACCAUGACGGCAACGUUAUCCAGGUUCACGUACACAAGAACUCCUAA